GAUAUGUUGACGCCCUCUACGUUUGAUGGUCACAUUAUUGAAUAUUGAUAUGCUGCAACUGCAGAACUCUCAUCUCAGGUUUUCUACACAUUUUUCUGUUAAUUGAGGUAGCUGUCGCAAAGACGUAGGCUUUCUGCUACAUAUUGAAGUCCCCAUCAGGUAUUCCAAUUCUCCGAAUAAACAUUGCGCUUUGCACAACAUGGGUGCAAAUCAAAGCGAACAGCAAGUGUCAAGGUACUACGAUGCCCCGAUCGAGGCGACGACUGGUCCAACGCCGGCAGCUGCGGCAGCAGAAGGAGGUAGCAUACCGUAUACGUUCUACUCUGUGGACAGGAACGUCCCAGCUCCCUCGAAAGAUACUCGAGUGCAGGUCUUGGCCAAACAGCAGCAAGGAAGGUCGUCACCAACAAAGGGCUCCCCACAAAGAAGCCCAAAGCUCGGGUCAGCGGACCACAAGAUUGUGACUGUGUCUUCGGGUAAUCAAGGAGCGGACCAGUCCUUGUCUUUUGAGAUCCAGAAGAUGAGAGAUAUCCCAACGUUCUUACCCAUCCUGAAGGGCACUCACAACAUUCCACAGGUUGAGGAUCCCCAGCAGAUGGAGAAAAUGGACCAUAGGCAACUGCUCCUGUUAUGUUUACGCUACCAACAUCAUCUAAGGCAAUGUUCAGAAGCAGUGACCUUUGACCAGAAUGCUCUGACAGGAAGAAUCAAAGAGGUCGAUGCCAUCAUACACAGUAUAAUGCAGUCGAUGGCGGAGCGUCAGAAGCGCUUUGCUAAGCACGCCGAACAGAUACAGAAGAUCAACGAGAUGUCAAGUACCUUGAAACGCGUUCAGAUGAAUGUUGACCAGCUAAUCCCCCUCAUGGAUCGUCUGAACAGUGUCUUGCCAGAUACAGAGAGACUAGAGCCGUUUACGAUGCGCCCUACAGGGCCAAGGACUUGAUCAGCUGAUCUCACAAAUAGAUCGUCUGAACAGUAUCUUGCCAGAUACAUAGAGAUGAAAGCCAUUGAAGAUGUUAGCCAGCUAGCUAAUCGCGCUUGUGGAUCGUCUGAACACAAUCUGGCUAGAAAUGAACAGGCUAGAGCCUUUUACGAUGCGCCCUGCAGGGACAAGGACUUUAUCAGCUAAAUGUAAUCUUGCCAGAUACUGUACAUAGAGAAUAAAACCCUUGAAGAUGCAACCCACAGGGUCUUCGACUUGAUCAACUCAUUGCCAUACGCAUAAAUUUUUCGCUGAGAGAGCGAAGCGACUGAGCUUGACUUUGGGGCACUUUUGCAUAUUGUCAAGUUAAAUUGAAUGAUUUGGCGCAUACUUUUUGUGAAAAUUUUUAGUAAAAAUGUAAAUUUUCAAAAUUCCCCCCCCCCACCCCGCUGCAUACGGCCAUGAAUCAUCAGCCACAUGUAGUGAAGGUAAUCUCGCUUGUGGAUUAUCUGAACACCGUCAUGCUAGAAACAGAGAGGCUAGAGCCUUUUACAAUCCACCUCUUUGGGCUUAGGACUUGAUCAGCUAAUCUUGCUCAUGAAUUGGCCGAACAGUGUCUUGCCAGAUACAGAGAGAUUAAGAGGCUUUUUCUAUUUUACGACUUGAUCAGAUUUACAGCACACCCUGUUGGGACUAAGACUUGACUUGAUCAGCUAAUCUCAUUCAUGAAACGUUUCUUGCCAGAUACAGAGAAAUUACAGGCUUUCAUGAUGCAUCGUGGGACUUGAUCAACUAGUCUUGUGUUGUAUGCAAUCUAUGAAUUUCAUGAAAACAUCCAUGCGAUACAUGAUCAUCAUUCCAUUCACAAAAUUAGUAGAAACCUUGAGGGAGGGAGGGGGGGUGAGUGUCACUUCCAUUAAAGAGUGGACAGCAUCCACAAGAAUCGUGCUGAGUAAAGCACAAUAAACUUAAAAGAAGGAUUCAAGGGCAGACCGCGAGGACACCCUAAACACAGACUUUGUGAAGGUGUCCCAAAGUUGCACACUCUAAACUGGGAUUUCAUUUAUUGUUUGCGAGGUUGACGCAAAUUACAUAGUUACCCUUUUGCGUUUUGUUCUUUUAUUGUGAUUUAGGAGGCCUUUUUUCUCAUUUUCAGCUUUUUGUCACUCUUUAAGUUCUGUACUCUACCGGCCAAAAACACCCUUGCUCCCCUUUUAUUUUGUUCUUUCAGAGUCCCAGACGCUGUCCACUCUCCAAUGACAUUAACCCCCCCCCCCCCCCCCCGAGCAAAAAUCAAUCAAAUUUCACUUUUGAACAGUCACAGUCUACCCAACCUGAGCAAAUGCACUAUUAGUCUGAUACAUUGGACAGAUAUAAAUUGGUAGGAGUCCUUUAUAUUAUAUAGAAACAUGAAUGUGGUAGUCUGAUCUGAACCUUCAAACACUUGAUUUUUAUAACAAAUAGGAUAUGUGUUGUCCCUUAGACCUGGGCCCCAUCUUACAAAGAGUUGAGAUUGAUCCGAUCAAUCACAACUAUGGACGGCCAGCAAAGUCAACAUCCAUUAUGCAUGUUUGUUCAAAAUAUUUUCUAGCUGUGAUGUAUAUUCAUGCAUUCAUUGUUUUCUUGAAAAUUUGCUGUGCUUCUCUUUGUUUACAAAAAACAUUUUGCAAAUUUCCUGUAGAAAAAAGUUAUGACACUGAUGGAUUUCCAUAGAGUUACAAUUGAUUGGAUCAACUCUUGCUGGAAUGUCAACUACGACAACAGUGAAUAUACUGCUUCCUUAUUGGCUCUUCCAAUGAUAGUUGACAUUCUUGCAAGAGUUUCUAUCAUAUCAACUUUUAAUGAAAUGGGGCCCACUGGCCUGUCUGACAAAGAAUUGCGAUUAAUCCAAUCAAUCACAAUUAUGGAAGGCCAGCAACAUCAACAUCUACAAUACAAGUUUGUUCAAAGUAUUUUCUAGAAAUGACGUAUAUUUAUACAUUCACUGUUUUCUUGAAAAUUCAGUAUGAUUCUCUUUGUUUUCAAAGGACAUUGAGCAAAUUUCCUAAAGAAAAAAAAUAUGACAGUGAUGAAUUUCCAUGUACUUGAGAUUGAUUGGAUCAAUCUUAACUCUUUGUAAGACGGGUGCCCAAGAGGGCUUUUCAUGAAAGUUGUCAGCACUGACAUUUAAGUGAAAUUCUUGGUUUUGAUUGGCUGAGAGGCACUGGCCUCUGACUGUUGCUAUCAUUGUAACUGUCAGAGAAAGACAACUUGUCAGUGCUGACAACUUUCAUGAAGCGGUCCCCAGAUUGAGUUCAUACACGUUAAUCAGUCAAAAAUGACUAGUUAUAGGGUCAGCUUGGUGCAACUGUUAUUCUAGACAUAUUUGACUAUUUUAUAAUUGUAUUUUACUAAAACGGAGUUAUUUCUAACUAGAAUAUAUGUCAGAAAUGUGAGUAGCAUAUCAGUUGCACCCAGCUGACUACUUGUCUAGUCAAUUUGACUGAUUUGUUUUAAGAGUGUACAUGUAUGCUAAUAACUUUUCUUUUGCAGAAGAAGAAUAUAGAAUUUGUAAAACCUUUAGGCAUUGCAAAUGCCAACAGAUUAAUUUAGUACAUGUAUAAAUUUAAAAAAUGUUACAAUAAGAGUAUUAUAGAAUCAAUGAGAGUAAAUAAAGAGGCUUUAACUUACUAUCUAUUGUCCAUGGCGGACUGCAUUUGCAUAUUAAUGAGUCAGAAAGAAGAGGAUUGAGGGUAUUUGAAUUCCAGUUCAUCAUGACUUAGCCGUGAACCAGAAUAGCCCGGUGGUUAAGUCGCUGCCCGGCAAGCAGUAGAUCAGGUUUGAAUCCCACUGGUUCCAAUUUUUUCUGACUUACAGUGUAUGAUUUUCAUACAGAUCGAGCAUGCGAUCUUAAACACAUAGAAGUAAUGCCAAGAAUUUGUUCACAAAUUAAGAAUCAAUUAUAUUGUAAAGCAUUGUUUGAAGUAUUAAUAAUUAUAUGUUUAUUUGUGUACCAAGAUAGAUGUAUUGUGGUAUUAAAAAAUAUAUAUAUAUGAAUUGUAUUACAAUAUAAUAUAGUGUAAAAUGUUAACGUGAGUCUGGGUUUUACAUUGGAAUUUUGUUUGUGUAUUUGAAAUUGUUAUUAAUGCAACUAGAGAUAUAUGCCAAGUGUACAUGCUUUAAGGAAAGUCUACCUCAGCAUCAGCCUUCUUUAACUAAAAUUACCCCCGCCCCAUAAAUCUAAUUAAAUGGAUGAAUAGAGAUAGAUAAAUAAAUAAGUGAAUGUAUAAUUGUAUAAGUAAAUGAUGAUGAUGAUGAUGAUGAUGAUGAUGGUGGUGGUGGUGAUGAUGAUGAUGAUGAUGAAAUAAACCUAUAAACAAUGAAAGAAGGAUAUUUAAAAAAUUCAUAAAUACCUAUAUAUAUAAAUUUCUUUCUUUUUUUAGAUUUUGGGGGUCAUGUGACUUGGGAGCUAGUCUCCUUUAUGUCAUGUAUUAUGGAUUCCGUAAAUGGAAACAUUUAUCAUGAUUGUGAAUAGCUCAGAUCUUUAAAAAAAAGUACAUGAAUAAUGUAUCAAUUCUUACGCUGGUUUCCAGAUUUGGGGGGGGGGGGCUUGGCAUGCCCCUUUAAAAAGGUUCAUGCCAAGAAAAAAAAGGAGAAAAGGAAAGAAAAGAGGGUGAACUAUGAUAACAUUUUGUGGAUGUUGUGUCUAAAUAUUUCACAAAGUUAGAUUUUCAUAUUUAAAAUGUCAUUGUUUCCUGUUCACUCUCUUGCAGCUUGUCAGAAAUAUUGUUCCAUGUAUGUAAUGUUUUACUCUUUUUAUAUUGUAUGAUAUUGUAAUAUUUUAUUGUUAACAUUUGAACAGGGCUCUCUUGUAAAGCAGUUGUAUACUGAAGAGACUACCCUGGGU